AUCAAAGAAAUGAGUCUUUUCUUGUGUUUUCUUCAUCAGUCCAUACGGCCAUCAAAUUUGCGCUCUUUGGAUCCUAACAAUUCAUACUUAAUUACUUUUGUCAUAUCCCAUCAUCCUCGCUUGAUCUAUGUGAAUGGAUUCUCAUUUAUAAAGCUAAAUUUAAGAGCCGAAUCCAUCGGAACGAUCCACAGAAUGUACAGGACAUAGGUCAACAAAUGAAUAAAUAAGAAAGAGGCCGUCGCAGGUUAACGUUUUUUAGCUGUCUGCUUGUGUUCGUGGAUAACUAUGCAAUUACAUUUGGGGCUGGAAAUAUCGAUGGUUUAAGGCAUACCCAUUUGAUGAUUAGGUCGAAUAACCAUCAAAUUAAUUGGAGAGAUGACUCCUGACAGCCUUCCUCUUUUAACAGACUCGUCUACGUCUGCUGAUGUUGCAGAGCUUCAGAGGCUCAAUUUUCAUUCGAAGACCUCCAGCCGUCAUCUGAGGGACCUUCAUGUUCUGAGCUUUACGUUUCUCUUUGUAUUCUUGGCUUAUUCUGCAGCUCAGAAUUUGCAAAGUUCUUUACAUUCUGAUGGAAACUUAGGAACUACGUCAUUGGGCAUUCUUUAUACAUCAUUCACUGUAUGCUCAUUUAUAGCAACACCUAUAGUUAGAAGGUUCGGUACGAAGAAUUCACUUGUUCUUGGGACUUCAGGGUACUGGUUAUUCAUUGCAGCCAAUCUGUACCCACUAUGGUAUACUAUGGUGCCAGCGUCUCUGUAUCUUGGAUUUACAGCUUCUAUAAUAUGGGUGGCAGAGGGAACAUACCUUACUUCUGCUGCAAGGAGCCAUGCAACUGAAUGUAACCUUCCUGAAGGCACAGUUCUUGGGAACUUCAAUGGGGAAUUUUGGGGAGCAUUUGCUAGUACUCAGGUUAUUGGUAACCUGCUUUCACUUCUUCUGCUCAAGAAUGGUUCAGAAGCCACAAGUAACUCAGGCACCACAUUGCUGUUUGCAGUAUUUCUUGGAAGCAUGACAUUGGGAACUAUUUUAGCAUUCUUUUUAAGUAAACAAAGCAGGUCAAAAGCAGGGCUUGGCAUACAUUCUUCACAAGCUUCUUUUGGAAAUCUACUAAGGGCAACCUUUGUUCCUCUACUUGACAAAAGGAUGCUAUUAUUAAUCCCUCUACUUGCAUACUCAGGCCUUGAACAAGCAUUUGUAUGGGCCGAGUUUACAAAGUUUGUAGUCAAACCUGCAAUUGGCGUAGCAGGAGUUGGAGGUGCUAUGGCCAUUUUUGGAGCAGCUGAUGCAAUUUUUUCAUUGGUGGCUGGGCGCCUGACAACUGGUCUGCUAUCCAUCAGCAUUAUUACUAAUAUUGGUAUUUUGCUUCAAGCCAUUGUACUUUUCCGACUAUGGUUGGGUCACAGCUUCAAUGGAAGUAGUCAAGUAGGCUUAAUCUACAUACUAGGCAUGGCAGCAGCAUGGGGGGCGGGUGAUGGCAUUUUUAACACACAAAUCAAUGCUCUGCUUGGAAUACUGUUUCCACAUGAUACUGAAGCUUCAUUUUCUCAACUGAAGAUAUGGCAAAGUGGUGCCAUUGCUGUUGUAUUCUUUGUUAGUCCACACAUUACAUUCACAACCAUGGUAACAGUAUUGGCAGUCACCCUUGUUGUUUCGCUGGUUGGACUAGGAAUUAUCACAUUCUAUAUUGGAAAGGCAAUCCCGCAAAUUUCUUGAUCAAGGUAUAAUAGGAAAGCUUGUCUGGCUGGACUACGUAUUAUUACUUUCUAUAUUAGAAAGGCAAUCCUGCAAAUUUCUUGAUCGAGGUAUAAUAGGAAAGCCUGUCUGUUUCUUACUUAUUAAGAUUAUUACCUAAUGUGAAUCCUUUCACUCUGUAAAAAAUCUGACAAUUCUUUUGAGUGUCCCCACUUAAAUUAUAUCAAAUACAAUAUGCACAUAUCAACAGAAUCUAUUUGUCUUUUUAGUACUCAACAGAUGAAAACAGGUUGGGAAAUUUUUAAGGGAGUCCAAUGUAUUACAAAUCCUUUAUUGGUUUGUGGAAAACAGAAGAAAAUAAAUUUUGCUUGAGAAUAUAUGGCAGAAUUUGUUUUGUCAAAGCAAAAUUGUCUGUAACUACUAUUUUUCUCUCGAAUAUCAUGUUUGUUAAUUUCAGUACAUCUCAUCUUAAAACUUUAAA